CCUCGCCAUAAAUCGGGCUGAGGAGAAAAAACUAAUUAAAGUCAAACUCAACUUUCCACAAUGUCUUUUUGGCGAACUACGUCGCCUCGUUGCUACCCUCUACCUUCCCUCAGUCCACCCUGCACACCACAACUUUGUAAUGGACUCCUUUGAUGACGCUUGGAAGCGACUCCUGUUGCCGCAUAUUACUCGAAAAGUGAG